AUGCCAAGUACACCAGACAAUGAUCUGAGAUCUACACAAAGCUCUCGUAUUGUACGAGUUCGUGAUUUACCUAUUUAUUAUGAUACGAAAACUGAUGAUAUUUAUCGUUAUGUUCCACGAAUUGAUGAUGAUCAACAGAAAACAAUAAAUAAUAAUAAUAAUAAUAAUUGGCUUUAUUCAUCAAUUAGUCAAACAAGACAAUCAAUACAACAAACAUGGAAUGAUAAUAAGGAUUUACGUUUAAGAAUAGCUCGUGGUUUAGAAACAGGUGAAGCUCAUUCAAAAGCUACAAUUGAUUAUAUCCGUGAUGAUGAAACAUUUUUACCCAAAGUUGGCGUUGUUACUAUUGCUGGACUUGGUGGUCUUCUUCUCGGUCAUAAAGGUGGUCCUAUACGUAAAACAUUUUAUUCAUCAGUAGCUGCACUCGUCGCAUUAAGUGCAUGUUAUCCAAAACAAUCAGCUAAUUUACUUGAUCAAGUUUAUAAUCGUCUUAAGAAUGAAUCAAAAAAUCUUUUCGAUACAACAACAACUCAACCAACAAAAAUUGAAUAUAAAGAUCGUAUUUUACAUACAACUAAAACUGAAAAUGAACCAAAAGUUAUUGUCAAAGGUGAUUAUGGACAAGGCACGCCAGCUGAUCAACAUUUAUAUACAACACGUGGCAUUGUUAAUCCAACAGUGUUGGAUACGGAAAAGAAAAUUUGA